AUGACCGAGUCUGCUUCUGGAAAUGAUUGUAACGAGCACCAUGAGGCACAGACGGUCGCUCAAGGGAUCAACCACGAGAUCAAAUCGGUCCCAGUCACCGUCACCAAGGAUGGAACAUCAGACAGCAGCGCGACAAAACCAGAGGCCAAACCGCAGAUUGAACUCACAGAUCAGACUCAAAGGUUGCCUUUCGCGAGGCUGAUCAUCGUCUACUUGUGUCUCGCCAUGUGCUUCUUUGUCUCUUUCCUGGAUGUUAACUCGACAACGACUGCACUACCAGCAAUUGCUCGAUCGUUGGGGAUUUCUAGCACCAUUACCUGGGUUGGUACAUCAUACCUUCUGGCCCAGUGUGCCUUUCAAGUCCUUUACGGCCGACUGGCGGAUAUCUUCGGACGGAAGCCUGUCUUGAUCGGCUGCGUGCUCAGCCUGAUCAUCGGCGAUAUUCUGUGCGGAUUCGCCAAGAAUGGGCCCUGGCUCUACACCUGUCGAGCCAUUGGAGGUAUUGGCGGCGGAGGCAUCAGCUCUCUGGUUCAGAUCACGGUCAGUGACCUGGUGUCACUGAAGGAACGGGGCAAAUAUCAGGGCCUGUUGAGCGGAGCCAUUGGGCUAGGUGCCGGUGCCGGUCCUUUUACGUCCGCAGCCCUGGUCCAAGGACAUGACGGACGAUGGCCUUGGGCCUUUUGGGUCCCUGCUAUACUGGCAUCAUUGUGCAUUCCACCACUGGUGAUUCUGCUCCCACAAAAGCCGGUCGUGGGGAACUGGAAAGACAAGGUGCGCAAGGUGGACUGGAUGGGCCUCUUGACUGCGGUGACUGGGAUCUUGUUCGUUUUGAUCCCUGUCAACUCUGGAGGAAGCGUAUUUCCAUGGCACAGUUCGCUUGUCAUCGCGUUGUUGACAGUCGGAUCGGUACUGACCGUCUCAUUCUGCCUCGUCGAAUGGAAGUUGGCGCGGCUGCCGAUGAUGCCGCUUCGUCUGUACUCAUCGCUGUCACGCAGCACACUUUUCGCGCAGAACUUUCUCUUUGGGUUCGUGUGGCAGGCAGAUCUAUACUUCUUACCAAUCUAUUAUCAAGAUGUCCGAGGGUUUGCCCCGUUGAAAUCCGCGUACCUUACCUUGCCUUUGCUUCUUGCCCAGAGCCUCGGCGGAGUUCUGUCGGCGCCGGCCAUGACUUUUACCGCAAGGUACAUGCCGGUCCUGUGGUUAGGAUUCGUUCUGUGGACAAUCGGGGCAGGGUUGAAGCUUUUAUUCUCCCGCACCACUGGAAUUGGGGUAUAUGUGGUGGCUGCUCUGGUCGAGGGUGCGGGUGUUGGUUUCGUCUUUCAACCCUCUCUGGUGGCAUUACAAGCUCUUUCAACCAGGCCAGAUGUCGCCGUGACCACGUCCACGCGCAAUUGGGUUCGGGCGUUAGGUUCGGCAGUUGGCGUGGCUGUGUCGACCGCGAUUCAGUACAGCGUGACCAUCAGUUCGUUGCCAGCCGAUCUGCCCACAGAUGUUAGCUCGGCAGUCAAAGCUGGGACAUGGAUGGUAGAUGGCCCUACACCUGCCUGGGACAAUGCAGUUCUGGUCGCCAAAAUGAGGGGGAUAAACCGAGUGUUCAUCACCUUCUUACCUCUCAUCGGCCUGUGCCUCUUGGGAUGCUUGUGGAUUCGCGACAUUCCCCUGCGUGGAGACGACGACGAGGACAAGCAGACGAACCAAAAGCGGCUGAUCUCGAGGUACAGCAAGUUGACCGAGAUGAUGCCGAGGAAGGCUGGUGCUGGUUGA